GGUGCUCCGGCAGGCAGACCACGCGGUACGUGAGUUCCACCACAGGGCACAGGGGCGGAACACACGGGCACCAGCGCUGGACGCGGGUGGCCGGGGAUCUAGAUCUCUCACCUCCACCUCCACCAACGCGCGCGCCCCGCCUCGUCUCCCUCCAGUCCACCACCAAACCUAGCCAGCUUCCCCCGAGUCCACGCCGCCGUCGACCGCCCUGCCCCGACCGUCGCGGCGUCCGCACUCCCACCCUGCUGCCGGAUCCCCUGCCCCUGCCGUACGGUCUGCCCACUUCCGCCGCCCGCCGGCGACGGCCUAGCUGGGGUCGAGUGGAGAUCCACCAGGACGCUGUUGGCGGCCUCUUCUUCUUCUCGUGCGGGUGUUGUGAUUUUGUCAAGACCUAGAAGGUCAGCAGUAGUUAUAGAGUUGUUCCACAAUGGCCUAUGAUGGAGAUGAUGGACAAAGCCAGGAUUAUCUCUUCAAAAUUGUCCUGCUUGGGGAUUCCUCUGUUGGUAAAUCAAACUUGCUAGCAAGAUUUGCAAGGAAUGAGUUCUACCCAAACUCUAAGUCCACUAUAGGAGUGGAGUUCCAGACACAAAAGUUGGUAAUCGAUGGAAAGGAGAUUAAAGCUCAGAUAUGGGACACUGCUGGACAAGAGCGCUUUCGAGCAGUAACUUCUGCUUACUACCGGGGCGCUGUGGGAGCUCUUCUCGUCUAUGAUAUUAGCAGGCGUCAGACUUUUGAUAGUGUUGGUCGAUGGCUCAAUGAACUGCACACUCAUUCCGAUAUGAAUGUCGUCACAAUUCUGGUGGGUAACAAAACAGAUCUGAAGCAUGCACGUGAGGUGAGCACUGCGGAAGGACAAGCCUUGGCGGAGGCCCAGGGCCUCUUCUUCAUGGAAACCUCAGCUUUGGAUUCGUCAAAUGUUGCAGCAGCUUUUCAAACUGUCGUUAAGGAGAUCUACAGCAUACUAAGCAGGAAGGUGUUUCAAUCACUAGAGCAGAAGAAAAGCGAGCUGCAGUCGCUAAGCAACGGGAAAGCCGUGGUGCUGCAGGGUGAGACCAACCAAACAAGCAGUGGUGGGAGGUGGUGCUGUUCUUCAUGACCUCAGGACCACCAGGACUACCAUUAUGGAGAGCGAUAGGAUUGGGAGGACACAUCUGGGCAUGUAAACCUGCAGGUCCGAUUUGUGAAAAGUUGUUUUUCCAUGUUCUUGUUCUAAAGGUAAGCUGGCGAGGCUGGUUGUAUGAAAGUUGGUGUUUCCCGUCGGAGGAAAUCAAUGUAUAGUUCGAUUGAUCCUUGUGGGAGGUAUUGAUAUACAUGAUUGUGUAAAGAGAAUGUGCGACCAACUUGACUGUCGUGUCAUUCUACAUCAUUCUAGCCCGAAACCGUUCUUUCAUUCUGCAUUACUCCGAACCUAGAUAUCUAAGUACCUGA